AUGAAAAACUGUGUGAUGAAUGUUAGCGAUGGUGAUGCAUAUUCACCAUCGAAUGCCAAGCUCGACGUCGGAUUAAUCUCACUUACUAUUUGUGAAUGUACCCUUCCCAGAGAUUCCAUUGAAUUGCUAUUAUGUGAAACACCGUUACUUCGACAUUUCAAAUUAGUUUGUCAUAGAACAACUUUCGAUUCUAUAUUUGAUGGUCUUGAUUGGGAGCUAUUCAUUCGAAAUAACUUACCCGCGCUGGAAAAAUUCGAAUUUUUCUUCUCUUAUCGCUGCAAACGACCGGAUCCUUUUCAUGGUCUCAGUUCAGGGAUUGCUUCGUUUCAAUCACGAUUUUGGCUGGAAGAAAAACAUUGGUUCGUGGUUGCUGCUAAUCCUAUAAAAUUGCCUGAAUUCUGGCUUUAUACAAGGCCCUUGAGCAACAUUGACUAUGCAACAUCACAAGCCAGAUAUGAACUAGCAUCGAUAAAUGAUGGCUAUCGUCUAAUUGCACGACCGAUCGAUGCAAUUUCUCACACCGAUCUCAACGUGAUUGAUUGUAUUAAAUUCACACAGGCACUUAUCAAGCUAGAUCUCGGACAGAAUACAAUAGACGAAGCGGGUGCUCAAUUUCUAGCUGUGGCAUUAAAAAUGAACACGACACUCACUUCAUUGUCGCUUAGAUCAAAUCUAUUCGGACAGAAUGGCCGACAAUGUUUAGUUAAUGCUCUAGAACAAAAUACCACACUCACUAUAUACGAUCUUGGAGACGAUCUAACUGAAACAGAAACUUCAAAUCUUUCUUAA